GAAUGAUUUUUAUUUUAAUAAAUUAGCACUUGUUUUUCUUACUUACAUUUUUAACAACUUUGUUAAUUUUUCUAUUAAAUUCUUAAAUAAAAUUAACAAAAAUGGCUUUAUUAAGAAGAGCAGCUACUCAGCUAUGGCAAACAAAUUUAUUAAUAGCAAAACCCAUAACAACAACAGCGGUACAACACAUUAAGGAAAUACAACAAAAAGUCGAAAAGGAUACUUUAAUUAUUGAGGCCGUCACCAAGCCUUCGCCCCGUGCUGAUAAUAUGUUAAAAGCUGCCUGUACGGAAAAAUUCUGUCCGGAGUGCACUUUGGGUUUGGAUCUCAAGCAUACGGAUGUUUUAAUUUUAUCACAAUAUGUCCGUUCAGAUGGUUGUAUGUUGCCCAAACGUAUAACCGGCUUGUGUCAUAGACAACAAAAGAAAAUUGGUACACUAGUGACUAUGGCUCAAAAGGCUGGUUUAAUGCCCAACUUGGCACCGGAGAAGAGUAAAAAAGAUCCUAAAAAACGUUAUGGUUGGAAAAAGUUUAAUAAAUAUUUCGAUGAAAAAACGAUUAAAUACUGAAAAAACAAAGUUUGUUGAAAAUAUUUUAAAUAAUAAUAAAAUGAAUUAAAAUAUAAAUUAUUAACAGUUA